AUGGUGCUGGUGCUGAACGGUGUGAUACAGGAUGAACGUCCUAUUAAUACCCAUGCUCUGUUCCUGGAGCAUCCUGUGUACAGAGAAACAGCUACACAGCUUCUCUCCAUACCGACAAAAACGGUCGGUGCUCCGGGAUUGCUCUACGUUUGUCAGCGUGAAAUGGCUGCAGUUGCUCCACACGAUCGGAACGUCAACAUAAUUGGAUCCGAUGAUGCAACCACGUGCAUCAUCGUAGUCGUACGACACUCAGGAUCUGGAGCGAUCGCGUUGGCACACCUGGACGGUAACGGUACGGACGAAGCCGUAUCCGCGAUGGUAGCCCGCGUACAGGAACUCGCCUUCGGAUAUCCCGAGGGGCGCAUCGAGCUACAGCUCAUCGGAGGCUUCAGUGACCCGCAAGGCUACGCGGAAGAUCUGUUCAGUAACAUUAUGCAAUCAUUCCACAAACAUCCGCUGGAGAUUGAUUUGACACAGUCGUGCGUCGGUGAACUGAACACUAUCGUGCGCGAUGACAUCAACUGGCCGAUCAUAUACGGUGUCGGCGUGAACAUUAAGACGGGUGAAAUCUUUCCCGCCACCUUCCCGGACAAGGGACCGGAUCUUCCACUACGAUUGGCACGACACUUUACUGGUAGCCAUCAGGUGCUAGACAUAUACGAUGCUGCAGUAGGAAUGCUACGGAUCGGACCAUUCAAUUACGAUCCACUGCGAGGAGUUGAUCUAUGGCUGGCACAAAGCGAUGAGUUUAUACUGAAGCAUCUCUCCACCAGUCCGGAUGUGGAACCGCCACACUUUGCCAUGCAAGUCCGUGCCACACUUAGAUACAUACAGGACAAUCAGUUCCCGGCAGUUACCGUGUUUCGCAACAACAAUCCACACUACUUCCGGCGGGAUGAAACGACAGGCUGCUGGGCGCCGGUUCGAUAUUGA